UGCCACGUCAGGAGCUGUCCGCGCCCCUGGUGCUGAACCAAGAUGGCCGGCGGCGGAGGCCUGGCCCCGGCGUGAACUGAACGCGGGCUGCAGCACCCGCCAUGCCCCAGUCCAGCGGCCGCUAAAGCCCAACCUGACAGAGCCGGUCCGCCGGCGACCCCGGAGACAUGUCUCUACUUUGCGUUGGAGUCAAAAAAGCCAAGUUUGAUGGUGCCCAAGAGAAAUUCAACACGUAUGUGACCCUGAAGGUGCAGAAUGUCAAGAGCACGACCAUCGCCGUACGGGGCAGCCAGCCCAGCUGGGAGCAGGAUUUCAUGUUUGAGAUUAACCGCCUGGAUUUGGGGCUGACAGUGGAAGUGUGGAACAAGGGUCUCAUCUGGGACACGAUGGUGGGCACAGUGUGGAUCCCCCUGCGGACCAUCCGCCAAUCCAAUGAAGAGGGCCCUGGAGAGUGGCUGACCCUGGACUCUCAGGUCAUCAUGGCAGACAGUGAGAUCUGUGGCACUAAGGACCCCACAUUCCACCGCAUCCUCCUUGACACCCGCUUUGAGCUGCCCUUAGACAUCCCCGAGGAGGAGGCACGCUACUGGGCCAAGAAGCUGGAGCAGCUGAAUGCCAUGAGGGACCAGGAUGAGUAUUCAUUCCAAGAUGAACAAGACAAGCCUCUUCCUGUCCCCAGCAACCAGUGUUGCAACUGGAAUUAUUUUGGCUGGGGUGAGCAGCAGAAUGAUGACCCUGACAGUGCAGUAGAUGAUCGUGACAGUGACUACCGCAGUGAGACAAGCAACAGCAUCCCGCCACCCUAUUAUACUACAUCCCAGCCCAAUGCCUCAGUCCACCAAUAUUCUGUCCGCCCACCACCCCUGGGUUCCCGGGAAUCCUACAGUGACUCCAUACACAGUUAUGAGGAGUUCUCUGAACCGCGGGCCCUCAGCCCCACAGGCAGCAGCCGCUAUGCCUCCUCAGGGGAGCUGAGCCAGGGCAGCUCGCAGCUGAGCGAGGACUUCGACCCAGAUGAACAGAGCCUGCAGGGCUCCGAGCUGGAGGACGAGCGGGACCGGGACUCCUACCACUCCUGCCAUAGCUCAGUCAGCUACCACAAGGACUCGCCUCGCUGGGACCAGGAUGAGGAUGAGCUAGAUGAGGAGCUGGAUGAGGAGCUGGACGAGGACCUGGAGGACUUUCUGGAGGAGGAGGAAGAGGAGCUGCCUGAGGAUGAGGAAGAGCUAGAGGAGGAAGAGGAGGUGCCCGACGACAUCCGUGGCUAUACCGAGCGCCAGGAGGUGGCCGUGGCUGAGCCCAAGGACUUUAAGCGUAUGAGCCUCCCGCCUGCUGCCCCCGAGAAGGAGGACAAGGCCCCAGCCGUGUCUGCCAUGACCCCUGACGUGGCCAAGGGAGCCCCUGAACCAGCCGCACCUGAGGAGGUGCCUGCAGUUGAGCAGGAGCCCAAGCCUGAGCCCCCCAAGAAUGAGGAGAGUUUCAGGCCACGAGAGGAUGAGGAAGGCCAGGAGGGUCAGGACUCCAUGUCUAGGGCCAAGGCCAACUGGCUGCGAGCCUUCAACAAAGUGCGGCUGCAGCUGCAGGAGGCCCGGGGAGAAGGAGAGAUGUCCAAAUCCUUGUGGUUCAAAGGCGGCCCUGGUGGUGGUCUCAUCAUCAUUGACAGCAUGCCAGACAUUCGCAAGAGGAAGCCUAUCCCGCUUGUGAGCGACCUGUCCCUGGUCCAGUCCAGAAAAGCGGGCAUCACCUCGGCCUUGGCAUCCAGCACUUUGAACAACGAAGAGCUGAAAAACCACGUUUACAAGAAGACCCUGCAAGCCUUAAUCUACCCCAUCUCAUGCACAACGCCGCACAACUUCGAGGUGUGGACGGCCACCACACCCACCUACUGUUACGAGUGUGAGGGGCUGCUGUGGGGCAUCGCGCGGCAGGGCAUGCGCUGUACCGAGUGCGGGGUAAAGUGCCACGAGAAGUGCCAGGACCUGCUCAAUGCAGACUGCCUGCAGCGGGCGGCGGAGAAGAGCUCCAAGCACGGGGCGGAGGACCGAACACAGAACAUCAUCAUGGUGCUCAAGGACCGCAUGAAGAUACGGGAGCGCAACAAGCCCGAGAUCUUCGAGCUCAUCCAGGAGAUCUUCGCAGUGACCAAGACGGCGCACACGCAGCAGAUGAAGGCGGUCAAGCAAAGCGUGCUGGACGGCACGUCCAAGUGGUCGGCCAAGAUCAGCAUCACUGUUGUCUGUGCCCAGGGUUUGCAAGCAAAGGACAAGACGGGAUCCAGUGACCCCUAUGUCACCGUCCAGGUCGGGAAGACCAAGAAACGGACAAAAACCAUCUAUGGAAACCUGAACCCUGUGUGGGAGGAGAACUUCCACUUUGAAUGUCACAACUCCUCGGACCGAAUCAAGGUGCGCGUCUGGGAUGAGGACGAUGACAUCAAAUCUCGUGUGAAGCAGCGGUUCAAGAGGGAAUCUGAUGACUUCCUGGGGCAGACGAUCAUCGAGGUGCGGACACUCAGUGGCGAGAUGGACGUGUGGUACAACCUGGACAAGAGGACUGACAAAUCUGCUGUGUCGGGGGCCAUCCGGCUACACAUCAGUGUGGAGAUCAAAGGCGAGGAGAAGGUGGCCCCCUACCAUGUCCAGUAUACCUGUCUGCACGAGAACCUGUUCCACUUCGUGACAGACGUGCAGAACAAUGGGGUCGUGAAGAUCCCAGAUGCCAAGGGUGAUGACGCCUGGAAAGUUUACUAUGAUGAGACAGCCCAGGAGAUUGUGGAUGAAUUUGCCAUGCGCUAUGGUGUCGAGUCCAUCUACCAAGCCAUGACCCACUUUGCCUGCCUCUCCUCCAAGUACAUGUGUCCUGGAGUGCCUGCCGUCAUGAGCACCCUGCUUGCCAACAUCAAUGCCUACUACGCACACACCACCGCCUCCACCAACGUGUCUGCCUCCGACCGCUUCGCUGCCUCCAACUUUGGGAAAGAACGCUUUGUGAAGCUCCUGGACCAGCUGCAUAACUCCCUGCGGAUCGACCUCUCCAUGUAUCGGAAUAACUUCCCAGCCAGCAGCCCAGAGAGACUCCAGGACCUCAAAUCCACUGUGGAUCUUCUCACCAGCAUCACCUUCUUUCGGAUGAAGGUGCAAGAACUUCAGAGCCCACCCCGAGCCAGCCAGGUGGUGAAGGACUGUGUGAAAGCUUGCCUCAACUCUACUUAUGAAUACAUCUUCAACAAUUGUCACGAACUCUAUAGUCGAGAGUACCAGACAGACCCGGCCAAGAAAGGGGAAGUUCCCCCAGAGGAACAGGGCCCCAGCAUCAAGAACCUCGACUUCUGGUCCAAGCUGAUCACUCUCAUAGUGUCCAUCAUUGAGGAAGACAAGAAUUCCUACACUCCCUGCCUCAACCAGUUUCCCCAGGAAUUGAACGUGGGUAAAAUCAGUGCCGAAGUAAUGUGGAAUCUGUUUGCCCAGGACAUGAAGUAUGCCAUGGAAGAGCAUGACAAGCAUCGCUUGUGCAAGAGCGCCGACUACAUGAAUCUCCACUUCAAGGUCAAAUGGCUCUACAACGAAUAUGUGGCAGAGCUUCCUGCCUUUAAGGACCGAGUGCCUGAGUAUCCUGCGUGGUUUGAGCCCUUCGUCAUCCAGUGGCUGGACGAGAAUGAGGAAGUGUCCCGGGAUUUCCUGCAUGGGGCCCUGGAGCGAGACAAGAAGGAUGGGUUUCAACAGACUUCAGAGCAUGCCCUGUUCUCCUGCUCCGUGGUGGACGUCUUCUCCCAGCUCAAUCAGAGCUUUGAGAUCAUCAAGAAACUUGAAUGUCCUGACCCUCAGAUCGUGGGGCACUACAUGAGGCGCUUUGCCAAGACCAUCAGUAAUGUGCUCCUCCAGUAUGCGGACAUCAUCUCCAAGGACUUCGCCUCCUACUGCUCCAAGGAGAAGGAGAAAGUGCCCUGCAUCCUCAUGAACAACACUCAGCAGCUGCGAGUUCAGCUUGAGAAGAUGUUCGAAGCCAUGGGAGGGAAGGAGCUGGAUGCUGAGGCCAGUGACAUCUUGAAGGAGCUACAGGUGAAACUCAACAAUGUCUUGGAUGAACUCAGUCGGGUGUUUGCCACAAGCUUCCAGCCACACAUUGAGGAGUGUGUCAAGCAGAUGGGCGACAUCCUUAGCCAGGUGAAAGGUACAGGCAAUGUGCCUGCUAGUGCCUGCAGCAGCGUGGCCCAGGAUGCUGACAACGUGCUUCAACCCAUCAUGGACCUACUGGAUAGCAACUUGACUCUCUUUGCCAAAAUCUGCGAGAAGACGGUGCUGAAGCGGGUGCUGAAGGAGUUAUGGAAGCUGGUCAUGAACACCAUGGAGAAAACCAUCGUCCUGCCACCCCUCACUGACCAGACGGGCACCCUCUUGAGAAAACAUGGCAAGGGAUUAGAAAAGGGCAGGGUGAAACUGCCAAGCCACUCAGAUGGAACCCAGAUGAUCUUCAAUGCAGCCAAGGAGCUGGGUCAGCUGUCUAAACUCAAGGACCACAUGGUACGAGAAGAAGCCAAGAGCUUGACUCCGAAGCAGUGUGCAGUUGUUGAGCUGGCGCUGGACACUAUCAAGCAAUACUUCCAUGCGGGUGGCGUGGGCCUCAAGAAAACCUUCCUGGAGAAGAGUCCAGACCUGCAGUCCCUGCGCUACGCCCUGUCCCUCUACACGCAGGCCACUGACCUGCUCAUCAAGACAUUCGUACAGACUCAGUCGGCCCAGGGCUCGGGUGUGGAAGACCCUGUGGGUGAAGUCUCUGUCCACGUUGAGCUCUUCACUCAUCCAGGAACUGGGGAACACAAGGUCACAGUGAAAGUGGUGGCUGCCAAUGACCUCAAGUGGCAGACUUCUGGUAUUUUCCGGCCGUUCAUCGAGGUCAACAUCAUUGGACCCCAGCUCAGCGACAAGAAACGCAAGUUUGCGACCAAAUCCAAGAACAACAGCUGGGCCCCUAAGUACAAUGAGAGCUUCCAGUUCACGCUGAGCGCCGACGCGGGCCCCGAGUGCUACGAGCUGCAGGUGUGCGUCAAGGACUACUGCUUCGCGCGCGAGGACCGCACGGUGGGGCUGGCUGUGCUGCAGCUGCGCGAGCUGGCUCAGCGCGGGAGCGCCGCCUGCUGGCUGCCGCUCGGCCGCCGCAUCCACAUGGAUGACACGGGCCUCACCGUGCUGCGCAUCCUGUCGCAGCGCAGCAAUGACGAAGUGGCCAAGGAGUUCGUCAAGCUCAAGUCUGACACGCGCUCAGCCGAGGAAGGCGGCGCCGCGCCUGCUCCCUAGCGCGGGGCGCGCGGGCGGGCGGGCAGCCCUGCUCCUGCGCAGAGAGCGCGGGGCGGGGCGGUGCCUGCAUGCUGGGACCUCCCAGAGGGCGACUCUCCGGGUUCUGUGCAGAGGGCGGGCUGCCUCUGCACCCUUGACUUAGCUUCACCCUCUGGAGAAAUGUGAAUGGCAACGCCCACCCCCCUCAGGAUGCCACGCCCUAGGGCGCGAGGAAGGAAGGAGCCACAUCCCCUACUUGAGGCCACGCCCCCAGUGUCUGGUGGGGGACCUUUCAAGCUCGGAUGGGAGGAAAACCCGCCCCCUAUAGAGGAGGCCAGAUCCCAGGGCUGUGGUACCGGGAGGCCCCGCCUCCUGCCCUCUGGAAAAGCCAUAAGAUGGGUCCCCAACCCCGGGGACCCAAGACCAAUUUGCCAAGUAUGGAUCUCUCAGCUCCCUCGAGGGGUGGGCCCUGAGCAAGGGGCAGGGCUUCCUGGAGCGCCCUCUGGGGUGGUCUCGGGGCUAGAGGGACUAAGGUGGUGGUUGGAGGGCCUCCGGGUGAACCGGAGCCCCUUCUGAUGUUUGUGCAAAGAAGAAACAGGGAGGGGGAGUAGGAUGGGAUUUCAAAAGCACAUGCGCCCUCGGGCGCCCAAACCCUGGGGGCCAAAGGGGCGGCUCUGGGGCACUUGCACUGCCCCCACUUCCCUAUGGGGGUUUGCUUUCCCUUUUCCUCAAAUAUACCCAGUCCUCAUAUCAUAGAGUUCAACCCACCCACUUGACAGAUGGCAAAACUGAGGCCCAGAGAGCCACUUGAGACAAUGCUGAGGGUCCCAGUGCCACAUCCUCUCCCUACUUCCUUUGGCCUGUGUGCCCCAUUGAAGGGUGGGCUGAGAUCAGAUGACCUGAUACAGCUCCCCAUUGCUGCUAACUCCCCUCAGGGGACCUCCCCCAAUCCUUAAAGGGAUGGGGAUCCUGGGCCAAGACCCCUAGUGCCCCCUCCCACUUUUGGCUGCCAAGCAAAGCCUCUGCCCUCAGCCCUUUCUGAUGGGACCCCAGGGGAAGAUACCCUGAGAACUCUUGACUUCCUGCCAAAAAAGAAUGAAGAUUUGACAUUCCCUGGACCCAGUCCCCUACCCCAACCUCUUCUUCCUCCACUAGAAUGCUCCAGUCAGGAAAGGAGAAAGAGACCAGUGUGUGUGUGUGUGUGUGUGUGUGUGUGUGUGUGUGUGUGUGUGUGUGUGUGUGUGUGUGUGUGUGUGUGUGUGUGUG